AUGGUAGAUGAUUUGGAAAUCCCCGAAGUCAAUGUGACGGGUGACCGUGAUCAUCGCCUGUUAAAACUUUUGGCUGAGCACAUGAAUUUUGAGUUCGUCUACAUUGAUACACCUGGACGGACACAAGGGUCGCUAACAAAUGAAACCUUUCAGGGGAGCAUAGGCCUGCUGCAAAAUGGGUUGGGUGAUUUCUUUCUGGGUGAUGUCUCACUGAGCUGGGAACGACGUAAGGCAAUUGAAUUCUGGUUCUUCACCCUGGCCGAUUCGGGUGCCUUUGCUACACAUGCUCUACGUCGGCUGAAUGAGGCCUUGGCCAUUUUGAGACCCUUUAUGGCUGAUGUGUGGCCCUAUCUCAUUUUUACGGUGAUUGUAUCGGGAACGGUAUUUUAUUUUAUCAUAUAUAUACCCUUCCGCUGGCAAACGGAUUUCAAGGAACGCAGGAUGAAAAGGAAAUUUAAAGGGAAUCCCUACCACAUGGAUCGGGAUAGGGAUAGGAAGGCGGCUAAGGAAGAUGAGCUACCGGAUAAUCUGUUUAAUAAAUGUAUUUGGUUUACGGUGCAGUUAUUUCUGAAGCAAUCUUGCCAGGAAUUAUAUCACGGCUAUCGUGCCAAGUUCCUGAUGAUUGUCUAUUGGAUUGUUGCCACCUAUGGCUUGGCUGAUGUGUACUCCGCCCAAGUGACAUCGCAAUUUGCUCGCCCUGCACGAGAGCCACGCAUUAAUACCCUACAUCGCCUGCAAAAGACCAUGAUACAGGAUGGUAAUCUACUGUUUGUGGAGAGGGAAAGUUCGUCGCUGGAAAUGCUGGAGAAUAUUUUUGGACUCAAUGAAAUUUCAUUGAGAAAAAGGCAGAAAAGGCUAAGAUCCGUUGAUAGAGAUCUACAU